AUGAAGCCUCCACCCAUCUUGCUCUUCCUCUGCCUCCUAGUGUCCCUGGCCAGUGGGAACCUACUACAGUUUGGGUUCAUGAUUGAGAGGCUGACGGGGAAGUCGGCACUGGACUACAAUGACUACGGCUGCUACUGUGGCAUCGGUGGUUCCAAAUGGCCUGUGGAUGAGACAGAUUGGUGCUGCCAUGCCCAUGACUGCUGCUAUGGAAGGAUGAAUAGGCUAGGCUGUGAUCCCAAAAUGGAAAAGUACAACUUCACUAUCACAGAGAACAGCAUCAUCUGCGGGGGCAGAACUUCCUGCCAAAGGCUGACUUGUGAGUGUGACAAGAAUGCCACGCUGUGCUUCAGAGACAACCUCAGCACCUACAACCCCAAGUACGCUCACUACCCCAACAAGCUGUGCACGGGCCCCACUCCACCAUGCUGA